AUGAUACUACGAAAAGUUAAAGUUGCUUACGAUUUGGGAAAAGGAAAUGGUCAGAUAAAUUAUCUCCUUUUCAUGGAUGAUAUAAAGGUUUAUGCGAAAAAUAAGAAAGGUCUUGAAAGUCUUGUACGUACUAUUCACGUUUUUUCGAAUGAUGUAGGUAUGGAAUUUGGGAUAGAAAAGUGUGCUACAUUGAAAAUGAAACGAGGAAGAUCUAAAAGAAGCCAGGAAAUUGAAAUGCUAAACGGGCAAACAAUGGGAGCGGUUGAGAAAGGGCAGUGGUAUAAGUACUUGGGAAUACUGGAAGCAGACGAAAUAAAAAAUGAAGAAACGAAACAAAUUACCAGCAGGGAGCACACAAGGAGAGGAAGAAAAUUAUUGCAGUCAAAGCUGAAUUCCAAAAGUCUUAUUGAAAGCCAUAAAUUGAAGAGCAGUACCCUUAUUCAGAUAUGGAGUUGGAAUUAUAAACUGGACCAAAUCAAUAUAAAGGAACUUGACAGAAAAACUAGAAAAUUGUUGACAAUGUACGGAGCCCACCAUCCGAAAGCUGACAUCAACCGGCUGUCUUUGAGAAGAGACCAGGCUGGAAGAGGCUUAAUAGUAAUAGAAGAAUGUGUACAGAUAGGAAGGAAAAGUUUAGUAGAGUAUUUAUAG